AUGGAUAACUUGAAAUCUGGAAAACUUUGUUCAUUGAAGCAGAACAACAAAAUGUUUACUGAUCUUUACGAAGUCGAGGCGGUAUAUGACAAAGAGGAGUUGUCCACACAGUUGAUAGUGCAAGAUAACAAUGCUUGUGGAUAUAGAGUGCUCGAUUUCCGUGAAGAAUUUUGGAAGUAUAAUGAAACUUUUCCUGAAUGUUUGCGUUGUUUUUCUGAAACAAUUUAUGGGGAGUCACCUCAAUCACCCAAAAUACAAGUAGAUUUUUCAUCACGGUCUGAGAUUCCAAGGAAUGAGAUUGCCGGCAUUCUUGGUCAUAUUACUAACAAAAUGUUGGAAGAUUUUCGUGAUAAUUUCAGUGACAGAAAAGAUGUUCACAAGAGUCUUAAUUGCUAG